GAUUAAAACAGAAAUGAAGAUCAAGCUGCGUAUGGAAGGCGCUGUAAACGGGCAUCCGUUUGUUAUUGAAGGAUUAGGAGACGGCAAGCCUUUCGAGGGAAAACAGAGUAUGGACCUUAAAGUCAAAGAAGGCGGACCUCUCCCUUUUGCCUACGAUAUCUUGACAACAGCAUUCCAUUACGGCAACAGGGUAUUUGCUGAAUACCCAGACCAUAUAACAGACUAUUUCAAGCAGUCGUUUCCUAAGGGGUAUUCUUGGGAACGAAGCCUGACUUUCGAAGACGGGGGAGUUUGCAUCGCCAAAAACGAAAUAAAAAUGGAAGGCGACACUUUCUAUAAUAAUGUUCGAUUUGAUGGUGUCAACUUUCCCCCCAAUGGUCCAGUUAUGCAGAAGAGGACAGUAAAAUGGGAACCAUCCACUGAGAAAAUGUAUGUGCGUGAUGGAGUGCUGACGGGUGAUAUUACCAUGGCUCUGUUGCUCAAAGAAGAUGUUCAUUACCGAUGUGACUUCAGAACUACUUACAAAGCUAAGGAGAAGGGUGUCAAGUUGCCAGGCUAUCACUUUGUAGAUCACUGCAUUGAAAUAUUGAGCCAUGACAAAGACUACAACAACGUUAAGCUUUAUGAGCAUGCUGUUGCUCAUACUGGGUUGCCAGGCAACAAACGACAAUAAGACAACAACUUG